AGUUGCACCUUGUCAGCAGAGGUGACGUUCUCGUAAACGAAGAGACAGAAAAGAACAUCCACCAGUGGCCGCCUGUGACCACAAAGUUCAAUAAAAAUCGUCGUCGGUGCAAAUUCGGAGUUUAGAUUUUAUUUCAAAAGGUGAUAACAGAUCGGCGUGCCUCCCAACAAUGCUUCGCUUUUGAUAGUACUUGGUGACAAUCGGGAAACGGAAGUAAUACAAAGCAUACAUUUUUGGUAGCUGAAUCACAAUCAUGUCCGGAAAAGUGCACACCUCGGCGGACAGCAGCCUGCCGGCGAGGCUGGUUCUAUGGGUAGUGCAUCUGCUCUACGGCUUAUUGCUGCAGCUGUUGCAAAGCUGUCACUGGAUACGACGAAAGCUCAGUGCCACCCAGAGAAGGAUCCUCCUCGGGACAGAUCAGGCAGCCGAGACGGACAGUGAUGCAAUUGGAUAUGACGUACAGAGGCUGGACAAGAUCCCAUCACACUUGGUGGUGAUGUUGGGUUCGGAGGAACCGGACUAUAGGCAGCUGGCUCGAUUUAUAUUCUGGUCUAUGGCGGCCGGAGUAGGGCACAUCAGUUUCUACGAUCAUCGAGGCACCUUGAAGCGCAACCACCAUAAAAUGCUGAACAUUGUCAGUCAACAGCCACGAGCCGACAGCGAGCAGAUAGUUUGGACUCCUCAGCUGAAAACUGCCAGCGGGUUGCUGCCCCCGCGCAACGGCUACCGACGGCGGGUGGUGGUUAGUUUCUUCGCUCCGGAAGACGGGCGGCGCCAUCUGGUGGAAACCGCACAGACAAUCAGCAACCAGCUAAAGUUGGGUUCGGUUCCGUCGCCGGCGGACAUCACCAUCGAACUGGUGGACAGAAGACUGCAGGAGCAUUUUCACCACAUCCCGGAUCCCGAUUUGGCUAUCUAUUUUGGCACGGUGUGCUCCACCUAUGGGAUGCUUCCGUGGCAGAUCCGGUUGACGGAGUUUCUUCCUAUGGAGGAGAUACGAUUGCAGGACGUUAAAGUCGACCAUUUUGUGAACUGUUUGUACAGAUUCGCCAAAUGCGAACAGCGGUGCGGAAAGUGAUCCGUCGAUGAAUCUUCACCGGUACUCAUCCAUGUUUUCCUUCGUCGUUUAAGCCGUGAAUGGUUAUCUGUGUGUACAUAUUGCAACUGGUUCAGAAAUGGGGAAAAGUCUGGUAAAGUUGCACUCCCAUGUUAUGGUAAUCCACUAGUGAGAACUCGAUUAAGAAUAAGAAAAUUACGAAAAUGCAUUUUUGAAUGCAUGCGAGUCAGGAACUAUCCAACGUAGAUUAUAAGAUAGGGAAUGGAAACUGUUUCGAUUACGAAAUGAAAAGACAUCAUGUCCAUGUAAUUGAUUGUAUAGCUAAUAAAGUUAAUGUGAAUAUGAAUUAGUAA